GCGUGCUGCUGGGAACAGCUCAGCCGUAGCGCGAGGGAAGUAGCCCUCGAGCGUAGAUAAGGGGGGAGAAGCCGCGAGCGGAGAAAGAGGAAGUGAAAGAAGAGGAAAACGCGACUAGCGGAACCUCGGGAACUGUUUACUCCGCUCCCCGCGAGUCCGUGAACGGUGGUCCGGAGGAAGGACGCCUUGUCUUACUUUAUUUCGUCUUAACCCCCUCCCCCCCUCCUGUCCUCCGCCCUCCCUCCACGCGGCGGAACACGUCUUAACGGAGCUCGAGCAUGUGUCGGCACGGGACAUUGCCACCCGCGAGGAACCGGACAUGGCUUCGGUUCCCCCAGUUGGCUCUCCGCCGUCGUCUGGGCGCACUCAGUUGCAUGUCUCGCCCAGCGCUGCGCCUGCGCUCAUGGCCUGUUUCCUUCCUGCUCUACCUCCUGUCAGCUAGCGCCCUCAAGCCGCUGGCCAAAGUGGGCUGGCGGCCAGCCAGCAGGGUGGCACUGUAUAAAUCCAUUCCCACCAGGCUGCUGUCCAGAGCCUGGGGCAGGCUAAACCAGGUAGAGCUUCCUACAUGGCUACGGAAACCCAUCCUUAGCCUCUAUAUUUGGACCUUCAAUGUCAACAUGCAGGAGGCCGCUGUGGAGGACCUCCAUCAAUACAGGAACCUGGGAGAAUUCUUUCGUAGGCGCCUGAAACCACAAGUGCGACCGGUCUGCACAUCCCACCCGCUGAUUAGUCCGGCAGAUGGGAGAAUUCUUCACUUUGGCCGGGUUCGGAAUUGUGAGGUGGAGCAGGUCAAAGGAGUCACCUAUAGCCUUGAGUCCUUCCUAGGGCCCUACACAUGGAAAGCCCUUCCCAAGAGCGAAGAUGAGUCGACAACCUUCCGCGACCUCUUAGUGACCAAACCGGGAAAUGACCUAUACCACUGUGUGGUUUACUUGGCACCGGGUGACUAUCACUGUUUCCAUUCACCCACUGACUGGAGGGUGGAGCAUAGGAGACACUUCCCUGGCUCUCUGUUGUCGGUCAGUCCAGGUGUGGCUCGGUGGGUGAAGGAGUUGUUCUGUCAUAACGAGCGCGUGGCGCUAACGGGCCGCUGGGCUCAUGGCUUCUUUUCACUAACGGCUGUCGGUGCCACAAAUGUGGGCUCCAUCAGAGUCUACUUCGACCAGGACCUCCAUACCAACGCUCCUCGCUACAACAAGGGCUCCUUUAAUGACCGUAGCUAUGUUGUGGUGGGUGACCAACGAGCACAAGGUGACGCUAACACUGUCAUCAGUGGACGAGGAGGAGUCAUAACAGAGGAAGGGGGCGUGGCCCUGCAGAAGGGGGAGGCACUUGGGGAAUUCAACUUGGGCUCCACCAUUGUGCUCCUCUUUGAGGCGCCGGACGACUUCUCCUUUGACCUCCGGGCGGGCCAGCGCAUUCGCUACGGGGAGGCGCUGGGGAGCCUCUGAACCUGGGAUGAGCAGGGAGGAGGCAUAAGAACUAAAGAAGCUGGGAGUUUGUGAUUUUUCUUUAUUUUUUUCCCCCCCCCAAUAUUUGUUGAGGGAAAGAUGACCUGUAGAAUAACGAGGAAUUUCACUUAAAGAAGAGAGUUUGUUAAAGGAAGGGGGGACCAGAGAACACGUGUAAGGAGGGUGGAGGAGGAAGAUUUUGGGAAAGAAGUUUAUCCAUUUUUGUCCUCACAGGACAGAUUGAUAAUUGAAAAAGUGGGUUUUUGUGGAGGAGGUUUGAAGGAGAGAAGCGGAUGGCGAGAUUCUACUGGAGGAGGGAAUUUCUGAAAGGGGACUCCGGAGCAGGACGAAAUAUCAAGGAGACUGGUUGGGAUAAUUCUAUUUUUUUUUCCUCCAAGAACAACUUAGGAACAAAAGAAAUGAGGAAAAUGUCAGAAAGAAGUUGAUAAAGCAAAAAAUUGUCGAUUGAUGGAAAAACUGAAAUGUAAGAAGAAUGUUGAAAGCUUUUGGGAACAGAAUUUUUGAUGAAUCUCCAUUCAGGAACUUUUCAUUAAGAAGGUUGCUGCACACAUUUAACCUUUUCACAACUGCAAUUUAACAUGAAGAAUUAUUUUGUUCUGUCUAAACCAACGUUGCAAGUUUUUUCAUGGGGUUUUUUGUUCUUUUGUUUUUCGUUAUAAGAACUCUUGCCAAUUUUUGUCUGUUAUGCAAAACGUCUUUUUAAAUUUGUAUUAAAUUUACAAAGUUCCAUUGACAAGAAAGUACAGUCCAGAAUUCUUGAUCAAUUUUUGCCUGAAAAUUUGUCUGUAAUUUGUCCCAUUUUCUUGUCAGAUGUGAUACUUCACAACAAAAAAGUCAGUGAAGACCUUAACACAAGGAAAGAUUUCUAUUAUUUCAUUGGAUUGUUUGCUGUUUUACCUUUGAAUUCUGUUGCUCAGCUGGUGUGCAGCUUUUGGUAAUUUGUGCAGUCUAAUUGCCCCAAACAUUCUCGUAACUUGCAUGUAGCUUGUCUCCUUAGCGAACAAACGGCUAGGGCUGUUGAACACCAGUUUGAAGAGAAUAAUUAAUUACUGCUGCUUAGCGUUGCAUGGUUGGGUCGGUUUUCAGUAGGUGGUCUUACGAUACUGGUUAUAUCUAUAGUAACAUCAUGGCUAGCUCGGCCCAAAUGGUUCAUCAUGCUAGUUUAGGAAUGUGUAAGUUCACGAGAAGAAGAAUGUUGAAAGACAUCUCUUGUCAUAUCCCUAUUUUAACUUGAAAUGAAAUCACUGUAUCAGGCCUUGCAUGGUAAAUUAGCACUGGGGGUGAUAUUUCACCCCUAAUGCUAAUUAGAUUAGCAUUUGCAGUGGAGUUGUCUCGUUUUUUGAAACAACCAGGAGACCGCUUAACUCCUGCUGGUAGCUCGUUCAACUCCUGCCAAAAGAAGCACAACACAAGCGUGAGAGAUGGACGUCAGAUUUUAAGGUCAAGUUUGGAAGGUCUAGCAGUUGGGGGUGGGGGGAUGGGGGCACUUGUGCUGAAAAAUCUAAAACGUUGCUGUUUGCCUUGUGCAGGUACUGCACGGUAAUUGCCAGGAAUGCUGGACUAAUGCCUGCUAACUCUUCACUGCUUCUCGCAGAGGGUAACGCCAAAGGUCCAAAGGUCAUAAAGCCCACACACUAACCCAUAGUAACCACAGGUUGCUUGCAAUACAUAUCAUUCUAAUUUUGUUGUCAGUUAGUGUUGUUACACUUGAGCUACGAAAUUUAUUUGAGCUAUAUUAAAUCUAGAUUUUGAUUAUUGCUUCAUUUUUUGAAAAUCGUAACAUUUAAUUGUUAAUAAAGUUUUGUUUUGCAGUA